AUGUCUCUGUUGCAGACAGAAGCUCUGUUCUGUCAAGAAAUCCAGAAGAAAGAGGAAUGCAAGCAAACCUCUGCUAAGGGCUUUGUGUGGGAGCUGCCAAUUUUCUUCUCUACUGUGCUGUUCUCUACUGGAAACAGUAGAACUGAACAAAUAGGCUGUCUCUGGUGUAUACUGCAGCAUCCCGAUGGGACCGUCCUGAAGCAGCUGCAGCCCCCACCUCGAGGUCCCAGAGAGCAGGAGUUCUACAACAAGGUUUAUGACUCUGACUGUUGCGACAGCGUUCUUCUGGAGCUGCGGGAGUAUCUGCCAAAAUACUUCGGUGUCUGGUCACCACCUACUGCACCAAAUGAUAUGUAUCUGAAACUGGAAGACGUGACCCGUAAAUUUAAUAAGCCGUGCAUAAUGGAUGUAAAAAUAGGGCAGAAAAGUUAUGAUCCGUAUGCUUCAGCAGAGAAGAUCCAGCAGCAGGUCAGCAAGUACCCGCUGAUGGAAGAGAUUGGCUUCUUGGUACUCGGCAUGAGGGUUUACCAUGUCUCUUCUGACAGCUACGAGACGCAAAACCAGCACUACGGGAGGAGCUUGACGAAGGAAACAGUGAAGGAUGGCAUCUCAAAGUUCUUCCACAACGGGUACUGCUUGAGGAAAGAUGCGAUCGCUGCCAGCAUUCAGAAGAUUGAAAAGAUUUUGAAGUGGUUUGAGGGCCAAAAGCAGCUCAACUUCUAUGCGAGCUCGUUGCUGUUUGUUUACGAGGGCUCGAGUCAGGCCCCAAGCGUGCGGCUGAGCGACGUCACCUUGGCAGAGAAGAGAGGAGUGCCCAAAGGACUGCUAUCGGGUGGAGACAUACUGGAGUAUAAUAACAAUAUUCAUGUCAUAGGUUCUACAGAGAAUGGGAAGAUUGAGGCCUCUGUCAGUAAAGGCUUGUCCAAAUUUUAUGCACUUCACAAAAAGGCGUACUCAAAGAGGCACCACAGCCAGCUCUCUCUAAAAGUUGAAAGCUUGGAACAAGACAACAUGUGGAAAAGCAGCACUUGCAUUGCACAGGAGCAUCUGAACGGGAACGUUAUCCCGCAACUGGAAAAAGUUUUCUGUCACAUGCCAGCAGAGAUCAAGGAAAGUGCAAACGUAGAAGUCCGAAUGAUAGAUUUUGCUCACGUGUUUCCCAGCAACACAAAGGAUGAGGGCUACAUUUAUGGUCUGAAAAAUUUAAUCACAGUACUUAAAAAUAUUUUGGAUAACUAG